GUGCGUGUGUACGUCUUGUUCCAGUUGAGUCCAGAAAGCAGACAGCAAAUGGAGGGACUUUGAAGUACUCGGGCACCACAUUUCUCCGAACAACAGACACCGCUUUUACUUUCACUUUGACAGACUUUGGAGAGGAAAGGACCCUCACCAUGGCUGCUGCUGCUGCUGCUACAUCUACAUCCACCACCAAAGGCAGCCUGAGAGAGGACUUGACAUGCGCCAUAUGCUGUGACCUGUUCAGGGAGCCUGUCAUGCUGGCCUGUAUGCACCACUUCUGCAGGCCCUGCAUCUCCAGGUACUGGAGGGGAACCCAGGGGCCGGUAAGCUGCCCGCAGUGCCGCAAGGAGUUCAGCUCUAAGCAGUUUCAAACGAACUACCUUGUGACAGCCAUGGUGGAGAAGGUCCGGGUCACCACCUCGGACACGUACAUCAAGAACCUAGAGAAACAACUAAAAGACACUUUGGAGAGUUAUCGCCUGAAGAAGGAGGACUUCAUCAAUAGUAUUCACAAAAACAAAGACAAGAUGGAUACCAUAAAGAGAGUCGGAGCAGAUCUGCAGGCCCAUGUCAGAGGGGAAUUCAGAGCUCUCCACCAGAUCCUGCACGAUGAGGAGACCUGUGCACUGGAGCAGCUAAGGAGAGAGCAGGAGGAGGAGCUGCAGAAAGUCCAGCGCCACCAGGAGGCCACGGAGGCAGCAGUGAGGGAGCUGGAGGAGAAUAUGAGAGCACUGCAGCAGGCUAGCGCUGCCACUGAGAACAUCAUACUCGCUGAGCUCCCACAGCUGAGGCCAUGUGCUCAGGUGGAUAUUGCCCCAGAGUUUGAUACAAAUGCUUUCCAAAACAAGUACAUGGCCCCGUUACAGUACAUCACAUGGAGAAAGAUGUUCAAGUCUUUGAAUCCAGGUCCUUCCCCAUUAACGUUUGAUGUCGACACGGCACACCCGAACAUUCACGUCUCCAGGGACAAAACCGCGGCAGUCGAAUGUGACGUCAUGAUCCCACAUCAGGACCACAACAAGCGGUUCCUGCAGUGCGUCAACAUUCUGGCUGCCCAGAGCUUCCAGUCAGGCCGACACUACUGGGAGGUAGAGGUGGGUUCCAAACCCAAGUGGGACCUGGGCGUGGCGUCCGAAGCCAUAGACAGGCACGCUCGGAUCAAGCUGAGCCCCGAGAGCGGCUACUGGACGCUGCGGCUGCGCAACGGGAGCGAGUACUCGGCCGGCACGCAGCCCUGGACGAGGCUGCAGCUCAGAUCAUCACUUCACAGGCUCGGGGUUUUCUUAGACUGUGAGGAGAGGAGGGUGUCCUUCUACAACGCCGAUGACAUGUGUCUGCUCUACUCGUUCACCAACGGGCCGCGGGGCAAGGCGUUGCCCUUCUUCAGCCCGUGCAUUAGUGACAGCAGUCAGAAACCCCCGCCUAUCAAACUCCUCCACUACCCGCCUGUCGCUCUGUCGGGCUAACAUGAGUGCAAUCAAUAUAAAGCUUUUCAGUAUGCAAGAGCGGUCUAUUCACUUAUUGACCAAUGACAUUUAUCACUCUAUUGAAAGCCAUUGUCAGCAUUGCGUUUCUGUAUCACACAAGUUUAAAGUUUCAAAUUGUUGUUUUCCAUGCGUUAAUGAU